AUGAAGACGGACAACUACUUGACCCUUUGCCUCGAGCAGGCCGCCAAGUCUCCCCUGCACUAUCGUCAUGGUGCGAUUGUUGUCCGCGGCGGCAAAGUCAUCGGGCAGGGUUACAAUGACUACCGUCCUGGUUUUGAUGGCGGUGCAUUGAAGCAUGGGCGCAUCGCAAAGGGUGGACUGGAUGGACCGGCUGUGGCGGAGCUGAAGGAGAAGCUGAAGAGGCAGAAAGGGAAGCCGAAGUGUCAGCAGCAGCAGAAUGAGAGUGAUUUUGUCGCAUUCGAAGGCACAGGUGGAGGACAUCGGGCGAAUGUGCCACUGAGCAUGCACUCGGAGAUGAUGGCGAUCCACUCCGCCCUCGCCGCCUCUUCCACUCUGUCCUCCACGGCCUUCGCCUGCGAAAAACCGUGCUUGAAACUAUCGGGUUGUGAAAAACGGAAAGCACGACUACGAGCGGAGGUCCUCAAACAGUUCAAGAGUGCGGUUUUGAAGCUGCCGCAUUUGGAUCAGGUUGUCCACCACGGGGACAAGUGCAACAACAAGGAGGAGGAGGAGGAUUUGGAGGAGAGCAAGCAGGCGUUAAAGAGGCACGAGCGGCAGGGUGGCGUGCAGCACCUCUUCCAAGGAUGCCACAGGGGGUUUCAUCUCCCGCUGAGUGGAGAGAAACAUCAUCUGAAUCAGAAACGGAAGAAUCAGAACCUGAAGAAGGAGAAGAAAGGUGGGACGAUACAGGGUCAGUACGGCCGGUAUCAGUACGGCCGGUAUGGGUCACAAAUACAGCUAGGAUCACAUGGAGGACAACAGGGACAGCCGUUUGUGUCUGAGCGUCAGCGUGGUAAAGGGUUGUUUGAUGGUGAUGAUGGUAAUGAUGUUUAUGCUGAUGAUGAUGGUCCAAAACGAAAGUAUGAUUCUACGGUCCAUGGAGUCAUGACUGAGGUGUCCCGUGAAGCUUGCGUGGAAGUUGAACGGAGUUCUGGGAAGGGCAAGAAGGAUUACAAGAGGUCUGGCAGGAUGAAAGCGAAGCUUCCUGCAGUCCAGCCACAGCAGUCCGAGGUCUUGCUCCUGCUCAAAGGUCAUAUUAGUCCGAGUAAGACUGAUCGGAAGAAGAGUCCACGGCUUGUGGGAGCGGAUCUGUAUGUGGCGAGGCUGGGUUGGUGCAAGGGGAAUAGGGAUGGGAAGGUUGAGCUACCAACCAUCCCAGUCGCUAACCCUGCGCCGUCUGGAGCGACAUCAGCAGAGACGGAGACGGUGGAGUCAAGUUCCGUCUCUAUCGACACCUCGUCUUCUAGUGCAACGGGUUGCUCCCUCCACGAUGAGCUUACGUACUCUGAUCCAGCACCACCCGCGUCAGCACCGACGACAUUCGCAGCUCAGAAGCAGCUUGACCCUUCAAUCAUUCGCGCCUCUCGACCUUGCUAUAGAUGCAUAUCCUACAUGCAUGCCGUUGGCGUGAAGCGUGUCUUCUGGACUUCUGAUGCUGGAGACUGGGAAGGAGGGAAGGUGAGGGAUUUGGUGGAUGCGUUGGAUGAUAGUAUGGAGAGUGUGAUGCAUGGUCAUAACGAUGGUGGUGGUGGUGGUGAUAAUGGGAUCAUGGGCAAUGGGGUGUUUGUUACUAAGCAUGAGGUUCUUAUGAUGAAGAGACGAAUGGGGAUGAAGAAGUAG